AAGAUAUGGUUAGCUUCACAUGAUCGUCAUCAGGCCACGUGAUAGUUUUCCGCCUGAUCAACAGAAUCCAUGUAUAUAAAGAUCUCUCAGACUAUACCAUCGAUACUUCACUUCAAAAACCGGAGUUGAAUCGUGAGACCUAACCAAGUUGGAAAAGAUGUUUAAACUUACACUACUCGCACUAGCCCUCGCUGUGGCUUCAGCCAGCACUACAGCCAACUGGCUUAUCUUUAAGUCCAAACACAACAAGACUUACAGUGGAGAUGAAGACGUCAUCAGGAGAUACAUCUGGGAGUCUAACCUGAAAGUGAUUGAAGAACACAACGAGCGUUACGCCCAGGGACUGGAGACUUACUACCUGGGAGAGAACAAAUACGCCGACAUGACUCACGAAGAAUUUGUUAGAACUAUGAACGGUCUCCGUGUGAAUAGACCACUCAACCCUGGAAACUUCGUCAGUGGAUUGUUGAAGAAUGCUCUACCCGACUCAGUGGACUGGAGAAAGGAGGGCUACGUCACUGACAUUAAAGAUCAGGGUCAGUGUGGUUCCUGCUGGGCUUUCUCUACCACUGGAUCUUUGGAAGGUCAACACUUCAAAGCCUCCAAAUCAUUGGUCAGCCUGUCCGAGUCAAACUUGGUCGACUGCUCACAGAAAUUCGGUAACCAAGGCUGCAACGGCGGUCUGAUGGACCAGGCCUUCCAAUACGUCAUCAAAAACAAAGGUCUUGACACUGAACAGAGCUACCCCUACAAACCUGAGGAUCGUAAAUGUGCUUUCAAGUCAGCUAAUGUUGGAGCUACUGAAACUUCCUUCAAGGAUGUAACAAGUGGAAGUGAGGAUGCCUUGCAAGAAGCUGUUGCCACAAUUGGACCAAUCAGUGUCGCCAUCGAUGCCAGCCACAACUCUUUCCAACUGUACAAGGGAGGUAUCUACAACGAGAGACAGUGCAGCAGCACUCAAUUAGAUCACGGUGUUCUGGCUGUAGGAUACGGGGCUGAGGGAAACAAAGACUUCUGGAUUGUCAAGAACAGUUGGGGCAAAUCCUGGGGAGAGGAAGGCUACAUCCGUAUGACCAGAAACAAGAAAAACCAAUGCGGUAUUGCUACCAUGGCUAGCUACCCAAUUGUCUAGACUCUAAAAUAAAUAAUAUUCAAAUACCUUGACAUACAGGCCCAUUGAUCCAAACUUGAGCUGUCUGUAAACAAAAAAAUGUUGAGACUGUAAAAUAUUUGUAUAUAAUAAACUAUUUUUAUAAUA